AAAACCCGUCAACUGAAACGUCCAAUCAAUCACCAAAACCCCCACCAGGGUGCGCAUGCGCUCACCUAGAGCGAGCAGCACUACCUGGCUCCCGGUGACGUAGAUGAGAGAAAAGCUCCUUUGGCCGAGGAAUGUUAUUAGUAGACGUCUGAAGGCUUAGAGGAAGAGAAGCAAACUAGUUUCCUCCCCGUCUCGUGGGAGGAGGAGGAGGAGGAGGAGCCCGCUCGCCCGUGCCGAAAACACGCCGCCUCUCCCCCCCGGGUCCUCCGGAGCCUCCCGCGGUCUCACGGAGGUGACUUCAGAGUCUCCGGUGAGGCACCAGCUUUUUCUCCGACCAAGCCCUUUUUAAAAAAAGUAUUAUUCAUCCAGGAAGAAGAUUAGUGAUUAAAAAAAAAGAAAAAAAGAAAAGAACCAUGGACAAGGGAGUAGGCUUAGAGAGAAGUUAGCGAGAAGUAGCGCGAAGUCCCCUUCGGAGCGAAGAAGACGCGUCCCGGGAGGAGAGGACAGGAUGGGGACGCGUGUCAGCACCCUGCGGACCCUCAUCACCAGAUACUGUGUCGGUGAGGAGAACUGGGUGGACAGCAGGACGAUUUACAUCGGACACAAGGAGCCUCCUCCAGGAGCCGAGGCCUUUAUACAGCAGAGAUUCCCCGACAACAGAAUAGUCUCCUCCAAGUACACAUUUUGGAACUUUGUUCCGAAGAACAUGUUCGAGCAGUUCAGGAGAGUCGCCAACUUCUACUUCCUCAUCAUAUUCCUGGUGCAGUUGAUGAUCGACACGCCCACCAGCCCCAUCACCAGCGGCCUGCCGCUCUUCUUCGUCAUCACCGUCACCGCCAUCAAACAGGGCUACGAAGACUGGUUGAGACACAAAGCCGACAACUCCGUCAACCAGUGUCCCAUCCACGUGGUGCAGCACGGGAAAGUGGUCCGCAAACAGAGUCGCAAGCUCAGGGUUGGGGACGUGGUCUUGAUGAAAGAAGAUGAAACUUUCCCCUGCGACCUCAUCCUCCUCUCCUCAUCUCGAGAUGACGGGACCUGCUUCGUUACCACGGCCAGUCUGGACGGAGAGAGCAGCCACAAGACGUACUACGCGGUCGAGGACACCAGAGCUUACAACACUGAGAAGGAGGUGGACUGCAUCCACGCCACGAUAGAAUGUGAACAACCGCAGCCGGACCUGUACAAGUUCGUUGGGCGUAUCAACAUCUACAUGGACAGCGAGCCAGUGGCCAGGCCGUUAGGAUCAGAGAACUUGCUGCUCAGAGGAGCCACGCUCAAGAACACUGAGUACAUCUACGCGGUUGCCAUCUACACCGGCAUGGAAACCAAGAUGGCUCUCAACUACCAGUCCAAGACUCAGAAACGCUCGGCGGUGGAAAAGUCGAUGAACGCCUUCCUGGUGGUCUACCUGUGCAUCCUCAUCUGCAAGGCGUUCGUCAACACGCUGCUGAAGUACGUGUGGCAGGCGAGCCCCGACAGGGACGAGCCCUGGUACAACAACAGGACGGACACGGAGAGACAGAGACACAUCGUGGUCAGGGUGUUCACGGACUUCUUGGCCUUCAUGGUCCUGUUCAACUACAUCAUCCCGGUCUCCAUGUACGUCACCGUGGAGAUGCAGAAGUUCCUGGGCUCCUACUUCAUCAUGUGGGACGAUGAGAUGUUCGACGAGGAGCUGGGGGAGCGCGCCGUGGUCAACACGUCGGACCUGAACGAGGAGCUCGGGCAGGUGGAGUACGUGUUCACGGACAAGACGGGGACGCUGACGGAGAACAACAUGGAGUUCAUCGAGUGCUGCGUGGACGGACACGUCUAUGUUCCUCACGCCAUCUGCAACGGACAGGUGAUGCCCGGUGCAACAGGUAUGGACAUGAUUGACACAUCGCCGGGUCCCGGGGCCAGGGAGCACGAGGAGCUGUUCUUCCGGGCGCUGUGUUUGUGCCACACAGUGCAGGUGAAGGAGGAGGAGACGGUGGACGGCAUCAAGCACGGCAUCCACCAGGGCAAGUCCACUUCCUUCUACAUCUCCUCGUCUCCAGACGAGGUGGCGCUGGUGGAGGGCAUGACGAGACUCGGUUUCACAUAUCUACGACUGAAAGACAGUCACAUGGAGAUCUUGAAUAGGGAGGAUGAGAUUGAGAGAUUCCAGCUCCUGGAGGUUUUGACGUUUGACUCCGUCAGACGGAGGAUGAGCGUCAUCGUCAGGGACAGCUCUGGCGAGCUCUAUCUGUUCUGUAAAGGCGCGGACUCCUCCAUCUUCCCCAGGGUCGUAUCAGGCAAGGUGGAUGAGGUCAGAGCUCGGGUAGAGCACAACGCAGUGGAGGGCCUGAGGACGCUCUGCGUGGCCUAUCGGCAUCUGAGCCCCGAGCAGUACGAGGAGGUUUGCCACAUGCUGAACGGGGCCAAACUGGCACUACAGGACCGAGACAAACGCCUGGCCGAGGCCUACGACGUCAUCGAGAAAGACCUGAUCCUGCUGGGAGCGACUGCCGUAGAGGACAGGCUCCAGGAAAAAGCGGCAGACACCAUCGAGUCCCUCCACAAGGCAGGCAUGAAGGUGUGGGUGCUGACCGGCGACAAGAUGGAGACGGCGGCCGCCACCUGCUACGCCAGCAAGCUGUUCCACCGCAACACCCAGAUCCUGGAGCUGACCACCAAACGCACCGAGGAGCAGAGUCUCCACGACGUCCUGUUCGACCUGAGCAGGACCGUCCUCAGGCAGCACGGAGGCAUGACCAGGGACUCCUUCUCUGGGUUAUCGGGUGACUGCACGGACUACGGACUGAUCAUCGACGGGGCCACGCUCUCCGCGGUCAUGAGGCCCACCCAGGAGGACUACAAGGAGAUCUUCCUGGACAUCUGCCGCAACUGCAGCGCCGUGCUCUGCUGUCGCAUGGCGCCGCUGCAGAAAGCCCAGAUCGUGAAGCUGAUCAAAGCCUCCGAGGAGCACCCGAUCACGCUGGCCGUCGGAGACGGAGCCAACGACGUCAGCAUGAUCCUCGAGGCCCACGUCGGCAUCGGCAUCAUGGGUAAGGAGGGUCGUCAGGCAGUGAGGAACAGCGACUACGCCAUCCCGAAGUUCAAACACCUGAAGAAGAUGCUGCUCGUCCACGGACACUAUUACUACAUACGCAUCUCGGAACUCGUGCAAUACUUCUUCUACAAGAAUGUCUGUUUCAUCUUCCCCCAGUUCAUCUACCAGUUCUUCUGCGGCUUCUCACAACAGCCGCUGUACGACACCGCCUACCUGACUCUGUACAACAUCAGCUUCACCUCGCUGCCCAUUCUGCUCUACAGUCUCAUCGAGCAGCACAUCAACAUGGACAUCCUGAGGAAGGACCCGUCCCUCUACAGGGAUAUCGCUAAGAACUCGUUGCUGCGCUGGCCCAUCUUCAUAUAUUGGACUCUCCUGGGUGUGUAUGACGCCUUGGUGAUGUUCUUCGGGGCCUACUUCCUGUUUAACAACACCACCUUCACCAGCAACGGACAGCUAAUGACAGCCAACACACAGAUGAUGUUUGGUAACUGGACAUUUGGGACGCUCAUCUUCACCGUGCUGGUCUUCACUGUCACAUUCAAGUUGGCUCUGGAUACUCAUUACUGGACCUGGAUCAACCAUUUUGUCAUCUGGGGCUCACUGGUUUUCUUUGUGGUCUUCUCUCUGCUGUGGGGAGGAAUCAUCUGGCCUUUCCUCAACUACCAGAGGAUGUACUAUGUCUUCAUGCAGAUGUUGUCCAGUGGUCCAGCCUGGCUCAGCAUAAUCCUUCUGAUAGCAGCCAGUCUGCUGCCAGAUGUGUUGAAGAAGGUGAUCUGUAGGACACUGUGGCCCACCACCACUGAGCGCAUACAGAACGCCGAUAAAGUCUACGAGGGCCAGCUGUCCGAGUUCACCCCGCUGGCGUCCCUGCACGCCCCGUCCAAGGCCGGCAGCCACCGGCGAGGCUCGGGCAGCCGACGGAACGCCCCGAACCCUCGAAGGUCCGAACCCUUUAGCAAGAAAACCAUGUUCACGCGCUGGCAAAGAGCGCCCGACUACUCCACCUUCGCUCCCCUCCUUCGAUUCGCCGAUGGCUCCCGCUGGCCCAAGCAGGGGCGCGGCGAGGCGGGGCCGGGCACCUCAGUCUAGUUAAUCUCUCGUGUUUUUUUUUGUUAUAGUCCGAAGGAGUGAUUUAACAGAUCGGUCCGCAUCUGGAAAGUAAAGCGUACAAAAAGUAACUCAAACUAAUUCAUUCGUGUUCCUGGACUCUGAACAUCUGGGCAGGAUGCUGAUAGCACGCGCUCCCUCUGGAUAGGGGGUCACAAUGAAGGUGACCUUCAGAAGUGGCGGCUCUGUGGAGGAUUCCAUCCGCCACAUCAAACUCGAGGGCUUUGAUUUCUUAAAUCACAAAAAAAAAAAACAUAGAAACGACGCCAAUGUGUUGUGUGAUGGCGCUGCUGAUGACGACCGGCAGCUCCGGCUUUCUCUGACCAAACAUUUCCUUUUUCUUCAUUCCUUCCGUCUCUCUCUUUCUCCUUCUGCCUCCUUUUCAGGACUAACUGGUGUUGCCUGUGUGCAAACGUAUUAUCCCGGAACGCUCGCUAGGACAUUGUAAGGAGGACCGCCGUAGAGUAGCGACGCCUAGGUGUUUGAGAAGUGGCGCUGAGUUGGUCUGUUUUCCCCGUUUUUUUUAACAGCCAGUGGAUAAAAUGUCUCAAAGAAAGACCGACUUUAGUUUCACAUCCAACACCUAAGCUUUCAAACUCCCACGUAGUUAGUCUGUGUUACACACUUUCCCUGUAGACCUUCUCCUCCCCGGUAACCGUGAUGCUACGUAGAGCUAUUCACGGCUUAGAAAACGCGUCUUCUGCGCGCCUUAAUGUCCCCUUGUAAAUACCACACUAUCUGUCGCAGAGACCUUUAACCAAAGAAACAAAGACACACAGACUGCUGGAUGCAUUGGAGCCGAAGUGUGUGCUCUAUAGGUUGAUCCUAGGAAUCCUAAAGACGAGACGUAGACAAAAACACAGCUCUGUAAAUGUUUAAAGCAUGAAGUGCAUGUCUAGUCAAGCUUUGAAAGCUUUGAUUUUAAAUUGCAUACUAUUUUAACUUACUUAUAGCACCUUAAAAAAUGAACAUGCAAAACGUGUCCUUGCCGAGAUGAUCUCAACACAACUAAAGUGCCCCAGUCACUACUCGAUGCCUUAAACGAAACCUUUUUCUGAGAUUUAAUCAUUUGAAAAGGGGACAUUUGUUGAUGAGAACACAUUAUGAAGCUGGAGGCGUGGGCUGGUUAGCUGAGCUUAGCACAAAGAAAGGAACACCGGCGUCAUGUUUGAGAGAGUUACCGAUCUUAACCAAUAACAGCGUUUCACCAAAUGUCAAACUAUUCGUAGAGGUUGAUAGAAAAAUAGAACUUUACGCACCCAACGAGUGGAUGACCAUCUACAACGGUCUAAUCUACCACGAGAAGGGUUGUGUCUGAAUUCUGUCUCACACGUUCCUUCCUCAACAUUUAUCCUCUCUUUUUAGCUCUUUCUCUCUCUCUCUCAUUCUCCUCGUGGUGAAGCAAUGCUGAUGUGGAAGCUCUCUGAGAGCCGCUUCCACCCCGACCUGGAGACCCUCGCUCCCGUGUCCCCUCCUGCAUCUCCUCGGCCGUCCGUCUCUCCAUCUGUCGCCGUGAGGCCGAGUAGAAAAGAUGUUUUCCGUGUACUUUUCUGAACCAAAGCCUUGUUGCUGCUCCAGAUCCUUCUAGCUGCUUUUACAUUAGGUGCCUUGUGGUAGUUUAUCUCUCUCUCUCUCUGCUGAACUGUCUUUUGCUUUACGGUAAACCUACGACUAAUAAGAGGCAUUUGCAUCGUGCAAACGCACACGCCGGUCGAUGGAUGAACGGAUGCAUGACUGUCCGUUGUAAGAGCGUCGUUCUGUCCACUUAUUCAGAUACAUCAUAUAAUCAAUGAACAAAGUCAUUUCUUCUUGCACAAAAACAUUCAAUGUUUAAUAUCCGUUUUUAGGGCGUCUGCCGCUGCAAUGAUAUUUUUAUUGUUUUGUAACAAUUGAGUGUAAAAUUCCUCUUCAACACAUGAAGAGUGGGAACACUGAAGCACACUGGAGAGAUGUCUCGCGGAUGCGAUGUCAUCUUCAACCUUUAUUUGAAUGAGGUAGAAAACUUGAAGAGCUUUGUACUCAGAAUGACUUUUUUCUGAUUUCUCAAAAUGUGGGUUUUCCUACUCAAUAUUUAUAUGAAAUUGACUUACAGAUGAAUUCUGCUUUUGGUUCUCUUCAACCAAAUAAGAACAAAAAAAGGCUCAUAUAGUAUCUGACCCGGCAGAUCAGAACUAACUCAACCAAAGAUAAAUUCCCCAUUAAAACCUUUCACCGUGAGGUGUGGCUUAGAAGAGAAAACUAUGGAAUCAUUUGAUGAGAGAAAAAAAAAACAAAUCCCGCCGGUACUGUCGUGCUUUUUCGCGUUGGAGAAAACAUUCUGCAGGCAGCAUUUGAUGCGUGUCGUGUUCACUUAGAGGAACAAGUAGCUUUAAUAAAGGUUUUCUGCGGCUCCGUUGCACUGGACAUCACACGUCUGAUGAUCGUCACUCUGCCGUAGAACACAAGCCAUUAACGGUGGAUUUCAAGGUUCAACCGACCUAAACUGACAGCCUUCGAACAGAAUGUUAUCUUUCUCUUUUACGAUGUAUUAUUGUAUAGUGUUGUAUUUAUCAUAACCAACCGUAUCUGUAAAUCGCUGUGUACUCAGAUACAGUAUAUAUAUGCAAUAUAUAUAAAGCUAGUUAUGUUAAUUGAUGUACAGUUUUGGGGUCUUUUUAUAAAACAGUUUUUAACAGUAACAUAUCAAGAUUUAAAUGUGGAUUUUUUUGCCAACAUUUCUGUAGCUAUUGAUGGCAAUCGACUGUAUAUUUGCUUGGAAAUAAAAGCCAGAAGUGGAAAUAUAAAAAGCAGAAA